GGAUUCCUGCCAGUCAGCGGAACAUAUCAGAUUGCCGCCAAAUAUUGUCAGCCUGCAUCGGGUGCCCCAUCAGGCCGCAGCAAGCACGUUCAGUUGUUGCUUCACGGAGUUCCGUACAAUUCGAGUUAUUGGUUUGGCCUGCCCGGCAACCCAGAUGGCUCCGAAAAUUACGACUGGGUAGACUAUGCCACCAAACAAGGCUAUCCAGUGCUUGCAAUCGACAAUCUCGGAGCAGGCGAAUCACAGAAAGCGAACCCGAUCACUGAGGUUCAGCAGCCACUUCAGGAAGCUAUACUGCGUAAGAUCGCCUCAAUGCUGCGAGCUGGAACACUUUCAUUCGCUCCGAAAGCCGACAAAGUCAUCUUCAUCGGCCACUCUUUAGGAUCUGUCACUGGGAAUGGCAUCGCCACGAAGUACCCAGCGACCUUUGAUGCCAUGAUUCUGACAGGUUACUCCAACACUCUCGUUCAAGCUGGCGUCGGGCUUCUCCUAACACUUUUGACGCCAGCUCAACUGCAGAAUCCGGCAAAGUUCGGAGCCCUCGCCCCAGGAUAUCUGGCAUUCGGCUCCAGCGUAGGCAAGCGAAAUUCCUACUACGCCGAAGACGGUUCCUUCAGCGCGGCGCUAGCGCAGUGGGACUUCGACCACCAGGACACCAUCACCGUGGGCCAUAUCGUGACGGCGUUCAGUGGUCUCCAGCGAGCUGAUCAGUUCCGCGGCGACGUGCUGGCGCUGACCGGCAGUGAUGAUGCCUUCUUCUGUGGUCCUACCGGUACUCGUGCUCUCGGACCUCAGUCUUGUGGGACAGGCGACGAGAGCAUACCGGCCAAGAGCAAGGCUUUCUUCCCGGUGGCGAAUUUCGGGUACUAUCUGGCUCCCAACACUUCACAUGCUACUACGCUUCACUAUUCAACGCCGGAUAGCAUUCGCGAAGCUCACGACUUCUUG